AUGGCUGGGGAGGAGAGCCUUGAGGGAGCCGUGGGCAAUAAGGGGCAGAAGGCCAAGGACUCCUUCCGAGACAUCGCCAUAUACUUCUCCAAGGAAGAGUGGGCGGAGAUGGGCGAGUGGGAGAAGUUCCGCUACAGGAAUGUGAAGAAGAACUACGAGGCGCUGCUCGCUCUAGGCCUCAGAGCCCCGCGCCCAGCUUUCAUGUGUCACCACAGGCCAGCCGCCAAAGGGCAGGUGGAGGACAGUGAGGAUUCCGAUGAGGAAUGGACCCCUCGGCAGCGGCUCAGACCUCCUUGGGUGGCCUCCAGAGGAGAGCAGAAUAAGCAGCAGAAGGGAAUGCACAGGGCACCACAAGAUAAUGAAUCUAGUUCGAAAGAACUGCCAGCCACAACAAAUUCACUGAGUGCAUGUAACUCAGAGCAGUCAUCCCAGCAGUUCUCGUCACCUCCUGAAAGAGGAAGUGUCCCUGUUCAGCACUCAAGACAGAAACUGGAGCCCAGGAGAAAGGAGGUUGAGGUGAAGAUGUACAGCUUGCGUGAGAGAAAGGACCACGCAUACCAGGAACUGGGCGAGCCCCAGGAUGAUGACUACCUUUAUUGUGAGAAGUGUCAGAACUUCUUCAUUGACACCUGUACAGUUCAUGGGGCCCCGACGUUUGUAAAGGAUAGUCCCAUGGACAAGGGGUGCCCUAAUCACUCAGCCCUCACCCUGCCCCCUGGACUGAGAAUUGGACCAUCCAGUAUCCCUGAGGCUGGGCUUGGAGUCUGGAAUGAAGAGUCUGAGCUGCCACUGGGCCUGCACUUUGGCCCCUAUGAGGGCCAGAUGACAGAAGAUGAGGAGGCAGCCAACAGUGGCUACUCCUGGCUGAUCACCAAGGGGAGGAACUGCUAUGAAUACGUGGAUGGAAAGGACACGUCUUGGGCAAACUGGAUGAGGUAUGUGAACUGUGCCCGGGACGAAGAGGAGCAGAACCUGGUGGCCUUUCAGUACCGUAGGCAGAUCUUCUACCGAACUUGCCGCGCCAUCCAACCUGGCUGUGAACUGCUGGUCUGGUAUGGGGAUGAGUACGGCCUGGAGCUGGGCAUCAAGUGGGGCAGCAAGUGGAAGAAGGAGCUCACUUCAGGGACAGUGAGUCUGAUGGAAAACUUUCUCUUCCAGGAAAACCAAAACCAGAGAUCCAUCCAUGCCCCUCCUGCCCUUUGGCCUUCUCCAGUCAGACAUUUCUCAACCAACACAUGA